AUGAUGAUGGCAGACAUUGCUAAUGACAGAAUGGCUCAUUCCUUGAAGAAAGGGGGGAGUGUGUCUUCUCUAAGUAGCCAUGAGUUCCGGCAGAAGGAACAUCAUAGGCGCAUCAAAGACUGUGUGAGUACUGUGUCGUACAUGGAUGAACCUAGCCAGCACGAUGUUGCCUCUCGCCUUACAGUUCAGAUGGAAAACACCUAUCAGCUGGGUCCUACCAAGCAUUUUCCCGUGGUUACCGUCAAUCAUAUUCUGAAAGAUGUGUUAACUACCUACCUACAAGAAGAACAAUAUGAUCCAGAGCUCUGUAGACAGAUGGCUAAGACAAUUUCUGAGGUGAUUAAAGCCCAGGUCAAGGACUUGAUGAUCCCACGGUACAAGCUGAUUGUGAUUGUUCACAUUGGACCUCGGCAUGGCCAGAGCAUACUUAUUGGGAGUAGAUGCCUCUGGAAUCCUAAAAGUGAUACCUUUGCAUCUUAUGUUUUCAGAAACUCUUCACUCUUUGCUCUUGCAAAUGUCUAUGCCGUUUACUUUGAGUGA